AUGGCAUUCCAACAGCAAGGUGGAGCGGGGGGAGGUGGACCUGGCGAGCAUCAUGCGCCGCAGGGCACCGAGUACACGUUGCAGGGUGUCAUGCGCUUCCUCCAGCUAGAGUGGCACAGUCACGAGCGAGCACGCAACGCGUGGGAGAUUGAGCGGCAGGAAAUGAAGGCAAAGGUCGCCAAGCAGGAAGGGGAGGUGCGGCAGGCCAAGCGCAUCAAUGAGCAAUUGGAGCGUCAGGUGAAGAUGCUGGAGGGUGCUCUACGUAGGGAGCGAGCGAAAGGCCAGAAGCUGCCCAAUGGUGAAGCGGUGACGGCGAAAGAGAAGGGUCCAGAGCAAGAAGGCGUAGUGCCCAAGGGCAGAAAGCGUGGACAUGAACGCGGCUUGGAGAAUGGAACACAUGAUGAGGAGCAUCGGCGUAAGCACGGCUCGGACACAGAUGACGCGGCUCAGGAAGUUCUGACCUUUGAUCCAGCCCCCUCAACCGUUCCGCACAACUCAUUCCUCGAGACGGACGACUCACCUGAGCAGGCCGACAAGGAGCGGGAGCAGUACCUCGACAACACCACGAAAUACUUGAAGAGCUGCAUGAAGGAGAUCCAGUACUUGCUGACACCACCUCCACAUCCACCACCCCAGCAGAUGCUGUCCAAUGGUAACUACUCUGGAUUGCCAGAUCCUCCUCUGUCGGUGGAAGACAUAUACCUGCGUAACCAGCAGCAACGGGCGGCGCAGAGACAACAAGCUCAGGCCCUGGCUCCAGUUUCAGCAGUGCCAAACCACCAGCCACCACCAGUUCCGCAGCCUGGUGGGCAACAGCUCGUGCAGAACACAUACCGGGAGUACCCAGAUAUUGUGUCUCAGCCGGCUCUGGACAACCCACAGCAGCAAGGUAUUCACCAGGUGCAAGUAACUCAUGAUGAUCAAGUAGAGAGCAUAACGCACACAUUUGAUGCAGAUGGUCGAGCAAUACCAGAUGCAGAAGCGCUACAGCCACAACAUCAGAUAAGACAAGUGCCGGAUCCUGAUGGCUGGACCUUUGACGAUGAGCAGCCUCUCAAUCCCGACACUGUACAGCCUGAAGUGUUGCCUCCUCGUAGGCCUGACACAGAUCUAUUUCCCACGGCCGCCAUCAACCAUUUACAAGCAAAGUCGCCACCACGCGGACCAGCUUCACACAGACGAAAAUCUUCAGGGGCACAAGCGAUGUCGCGCCGGAGGAGCUCACAGGGCAAGCAUGAGGGACAGGAAAGUGCAGAUGCGCUGGCGCAUGCGAACGACCCGACUCAAUUCAAGGUCAAAUUCGCCCUUCGCGGCCAUCUGGACGUCGUGCGCUCGGUGAUUUUCAGCGGAGGCGGCAGUCCAAGCGAGCCCGAGGUCUGCACUUGCGGUGACGAUGGCACGAUCAAGAGGUGGAUCAUCCCAGCCUCGUACCAGAACUACAACCAUACCGGUAACAGCCCUGACUUGGACAUUGGUAGCCAAUUUACACACCGUGGGCACGAAGGUGUUGUCACUUGCCUGGCCUCGUGCCCGCCCUCUACUGGUUUCAGCACUGGUGGAAGGACUGCAGGCGACGGCUGGAUCUUCUCUGGUGGGCAGGAUGCAACCGUCAAAGUGUGGGAGCGUGGCCGAGUCGAUCCCAAGGCCACGCUCGAGGGUCACACAGAUGCCGUCUGGUGCGUCUGCGUACUUCCGGCAUCUGUCGGCGCUGUCUUUGGGCAGCAAAGCAGUAACUUUGGUGGUCCAGACAGGCUGUUGCUGGUUUCUGGCGCAGCAGACGGCACUAUAAAGGUUUGGGCUACGACAGCACCUCCGCAGUCAAGCUCUCCGGCGACCGGCAGCAGACGUGGCGUUGGUGGCAGCAGGAGGCAUAGUGUCACGUCUGUAUCGAACUUCCCAUCCUCACCUCAGCCGUCAGUGGCGAGCUUAACGCAAUUCGGCUAUACACUGAUCCACACGAUCGAGCGGCCUGCUUCGGCCACAGAAGGCACGAAGCCGAGUCCAACGUGCAUUGCGCCACUCGCACCGUCUGGCGAGACGUUCGUGGUGAGCUACACCGACUCGUCAGUGCUUGUGUUCGAUACGCGGACUGGUGAAGAAGUCAUCGGCAUGGCGUCUAGCGAGACGUAUGACGGCACCAUGAACAGCAGUAUCAAUGCUGUUGUAGCGACCAGCCUAGGGCUGGAAGGCACUGGCCCAAGCAUUGAUGCAGCACGUGGUCUAGAGGCAGAAGAGGUUGGUGCAGGUGCAACGGGUGGCAGAGAAGGCGUGGAGGGUGUUGUGAUCAGUGGGCAUGAAGAUCGAUUCGUUCGAUUCUUCGAUGCCAACUCUGGUCAAUGCACAUACACCAUGCUCGCCCAUCCAGCAGCCAUUUCCUCGCUCUGUCUGUCGAAAGACGGCCGCGAAGCUGUUUCCGCGGGCCAUGAUGCCUCGAUCCGUUUCUGGUCCCUGGAGAAGCGUAUCUGCACCCAAGACAUCGUCUCCCACCGUAGCAUGCGAGGCGAGGGUGUCUGCUGUGUCUGCUGGAGCCAAGACGGGCGGCUCGUCGUGAGCGCAGGGGGCGAUGGCGUUGUUAAGGUGUUUGCGCGUUAG